CUCUCUCUCUCUCUCUCUCUCUCUCUCUAUUUCUAUUUCUAUUUCUACAUCUUUCCUCCAUUGACUUCAAUUAUGCUCCCUCUUCAGUGAUCUCUCUUUCUCUAUAUCUCUCUCUAUGCUUCAUUGAAUUCAAUCAUUUUGAUCAUCAAUAGAGAGAGAAAGUAAGCAAAGAGAGGCCAUGGCUAUCCUUCAUUGCAGAAUAAUUUGUCUAAUUGUUCUUACCAUUUUGCAAGCUUCUCAAUGUGCAAAAUCACAGUCGUUCAUCGGCAUAAACUACGGCGAGUCUGCCGACAACCUACCCCCUCCAUCUGUGGCCGUCAAGCUCCUCCAAUCGACGUCGAUCGCAAAGGUCAGAUUGUAUGGCGCAGAUGCAGCCAUAAUCCGUGCACUCGCCAAUUCAGGCAUAUGCAUAAUGAUCGGCGCAGCCAAUGGUGAGAUCGCCUCCCUCAACGAUCCAACGGCUGCCAAGCAGUGGAUCAAUACCAACGUGCUCCCGUACUAUCCGGCGAGCAAGAUCGUCGCGAUAUCGGUCGGCAACGAGGUGCUCACAUCCAACGAUCAGAAUUUGAUCUCACAGAUCAUCCCGGCAAUGCAGAACCUCCACACGGCGCUCUUAGGGGCGUCGCUUGCCGACAAGAUCAAGGUCACCACCGUCCAUUCCAUGGCUGUGCUCUCCCAGUCGGCCCCACCAUCUUCAGGCCGUUUCAACCCUGAUCUCCAAGUGCUGAAGCAGGUUCUUGGGUUUCUCCAUGACACUGGAGCCCCCUUCACCAUUAACCCAUACCCUUACUUCGCAUACCAGAGCGACCCGAGGCCUGAAACUCUUGCCUUCUGUCUCUUCCAACAAAAUGCAGGUCGCUUCGACCCUGCAACAAAAAUUACAUACUACAACAUGUUUGAUGCUCAAAUGGACGCCAUUUACUCCGCUCUUGCUGCCCAAGGUUUCGGAGACAUGGAGGUCGUUAAUGCAGAGACUGGUUGGGCUUAUGAAGGGGACCCCAAUGAGGUUGGAGCGAACCUCGAGAAUGCAAAGGCCUACAAUGGAAACCUGAUAAAGCAUCUGAGAUCAAGAGUGGGGACUCCAUUGAGACCCAACACGUCACCUGAUACUUACAUUUUCGCUCUUUUCGAUGAGGAUUUGAAGGGAGGGCCUUCUUCCGAGAGGCAUUUUGGCCUCUACAAGCCUGACCUCUCCAUGACCUAUGAUAUUGGUUUAGAGAAGGGGACACAGGUAAAUCCUUCUCCUUCAGUGAAUCCUUCUCCCUCAGCUGGGAAAGCUGGAACAUGGUGUAUGCCUAAGGCAGGUGUGUCAGAAUCGGAUCUUCAGGCCAAUUUAGACUAUGCAUGUGGCCAGGGAAUAGAUUGUAGUGCCCUUCAACCGGGCGGAGCAUGCUUUUUGCCAAAUACGGUCGUCGCCCAUGCGGCGUACGCCAUGAAUCUUCUGUACCAGACGUCUGCGCGAAAUCCCUGGAACUGUGAUUUUAAGCAAACAGCUAUUCUGACCUCUACAAAUCCAAGCUACCAAGGCUGCUCCUUUGCAGGAGGGACCUAGGAGAGUCUGGGAAGGACAUGGAUUGCAAUAAUGAAAAGUUGAAGUGUAGGGAUGGAAUAAGUGCCAAAUGGUGCUUUUAUAAGUAUCAUGUUUUAUAUUAAUGUUCUUAAUGGAUAAGCAACUCCCAUAUUCUUCUUUGAAAACUGUACUUUUGGACUUGCACAUAUGUAUAAGUUUUUUUUUUACCUGUCGGCUACCUACUUUUAAGCUUUCUCAUUCAUUUAGAUGUAAAAGGGGUGCUUUUCCCUUCAUGUAAUUUUAUAUUCCAAGCUCCAAACUUCAAAAGAUUAUAUUUAAGUUAA